AGCUUAUCUCCUAUCCCGGUGCAGCAGGAAGCUACACCCUGAUAGGCAAAGAGGGCUCUCCUUUUUCCGUAGCACAAUCUCAGCCAGUUGGGGACCCUUUGGAGAUGAUGUCUGUCCUGAUUUUACCCUCCACCCUUCUCCUCAUCUCUGCCCUGAGUCCUGGCUCUCUCACCCGGGACCUGAAGGUGAGCUCUGGCCCACCCUCAGUGACUGUGCCUGUGGGGGGCACAGCCCUGCUGCACUGUGAACAUAAUGGGGAUUCCGAUGUCAAUGUGACUUGGUGGCGCAUCAGCAUUAGUGACAUCACAUGGCCCAGGGUCCCAGUGGAAAAGCCUGUGCAGCCCAACGGGACGCUGGUCUUCAGGGAAGUGAGCAAGCGUGAUGGGGGCAUGUACCUAUGUCGAGUCUUUGCCAGGAGUGGUACAGCCUCAGAGUCCUGCGGCACCUACCUCAGAGUUCGAGAGCCAAUACCCAGACCCUUCUUGGACAUGGGAGAAGGCACUAAGAACAGGAUCAUCACCGCAGAGGGAAUCAUCCUGCUUUUCUGUGCCGUUGUCCCUGGCACACUUCUGCUCUUCAGGAAGCGUUGGCAGAAUGAGAGGUAUGCUGUGGAUCAACUGGACUAUUAUGAUGAUGAGAACCUGUAUGAGGGCCUUAACCUGGAUGACUGUGCCAUGUAUGAGGACAUCUCCCGGGGUCUGCAGGGGACCUACCAGGAUGCCACUACCCUCAGGGUGGGAGACGUCCAGCUGGAGAAGCCGUGAGGGCCCUGCUCAAAGCACUGCGCCCCCCCCCCAAACUUCCCCCUUCAGGUCUUCCUGACUUUGUCCCAGCUCAGUUUCCUUAAGAAUGGGUUUGACUAGAUGGUAUUUAAGGCCCCUCUGAACCCUGCCAUCCCCUGUUCUAAGGCUCCUCCCAGCUCUGACAUCCCCUGUUCUAAGGCUCCUCCCAGCUCUGACAUUCCCUGUUCUAAGGGCCCUCCCAGCUCUGACAUUCCCUGUUCUAAGGCCCCUCCCAGCCCUGACAUUCCCUGUUGUUUCCUAAGUUUUUGACAUGUUUUCUCCUCUCCCAUGGUAUGCCCCCUUCUGAAUCCCCCUCAUGCCUUGACUUCUGACCCCUUCUUUCUCCCCUGUAAUUCGGGGGAUGCCUGAAGCAGGAUCCCUCCCCUGAUAAUAAAUCUGUGGCCCACUGGGAAGGAAGAGACUCCAUUUUCCAUGGGGAGAGAUAGACUGAUGGUCUUCAUGUAAAACACCUUGCCAUGCGGAUCCAGGGGUCACGAAGCCUAGCUGUCCCCACCUCAGAGAUCUGAGCUUCCUCAUCCCCCUAGUGCUGGACAUCCUUAUUGCCUGACUGCCACCCCCUCCUCACCCCCCUCAGCCACCCAGGUGUCUGAUCUUCACGUCUUUGUCCUCUCUUAGGGCCUGAGUCCCCAGUUCUUUGGAAACCCACCCAGCUGGGCAGGUCUCCGGUGUUCUUCCCCAGCUGUAGCUAAGUCUCCCCAAGCUGGGGAGUAAACAAGCCCCAUCCCCCUUCCCCUCUCUCAGCACCUGCUGCUCUACCCCUCCCUUGGGGGUGUGGGUGGGGAAGAAACAGGAAGUACCUAUGGGAGGGGGCCGGAGAGAGGUGCUCAGAGAUAGAACGAAGCUGGAUCUCUGCCCUGCUCAGGGACCCAGGCAUCCUGAUUCCCUUCAAGCAUGCUUAAGCAUCUCCUGUCCCACCCCACCCCAAGCCUUAUUUUUCUCCUAAGACCAAGAUGCUCAUCUCCCUCGUACCAUCUCAGGUCUAGCUCUCAGUUCCUACCUCUAGUAAAAUGAACUUUGAACUAA